AUGAGUUGGGGUGGAGGAGGUUCGUUUGGCGGCGGAGGUGGAGGAGGCUCAUUUGGAGGCGGAGGUGGUGGAUCGGGAGGAGGCGGCGGUACAUUCAACUCAUUCGAUGGCAAUCAUCAACAAGAGAACCAUGCCGCCGCCGCCUACUACGAUGACCAACAGCAACAAGCUACGACCGAUGGCCAUCAAGAUUCACAAGCAGGACAGGGCGACAACUGGCAUGACGACAAUACAUCAAACGCAGAUCAACAGGCUCCAGACGACAACGACACUCCUGACGACGCAUCAACAGUCCUGGCAAGCACCGCUGCCUUCGACUGGGUCAACGACUAUCAUCUGCCCUACAUUGACGAUGAAGCAUUCUCCGACAUGGCCUAUCCCGAAGGCAUCUUCAAGAAACGUCUUGCAAAGAACCAAUUCCGCCUCAUCAAAAUCUCAACCAACUACAAAGGCAAACCCGUCAUCACCAUCCACGAGCACAAGUCGUUCUCUGGCUGUCCAGCAUACAUCGCUUUGUCUUGGUCCUGGGGAGUCGCGAAAUCAGCAUACUACGUCCAAGUAGAUAACUACGAUGUGGAUCUCUACGUUCGACCAAACUGCUACGCCGCGCUAUGUCACCUCUCGCGAGACACGGACAAGAAAGACUAUUACUACUGGAUCGACUCCAUCUGCAUCAACCAACGCGACGCGGUAGAGAAGGCCCGCCAGGUAAGCAUCAUGGGCCACAUCUACUUCCAAUCCUGGCAAGUCGUCGCCUACGUCGGCGAAGCAGACGACUCCUCCCGCGCCCUCAUCCACCAAGCCCAGAAAUCUCCCCCUUCCGCCAUCACCGCCCACGACGCGAAAGCCCUCCUAUCCUUCCUCAGCCGUCCAUGGUUCCACCGCAUCUGGGUCAUCCAGGAAGUCCUCCUCGCGCGCAAAAUCGACAUCCGCCCGAGUCGCUGA